AAUCUAGGAGAAACACGGGAUUCUAAAGCUAACUUACCCGAGAACAUUGACUCAAACUUGAAGAGUGAGUGUACGGAGCAAUUCUAAUUUAGAGGAAGAGGCAGGAAGCAAAUCCAGAUGUUUUCCACAACAGUCUUCGUUUCAGCGGCUUUGAUAUCCACUGCCCUGGCAGGACCAUGGGUUAACAUUUGUGCCAGCAAAUCUUCCAACGAGAUCCGGACAUGUGACAGCUAUGGCUGUGGACAGUACUCUGCGCAAAGAACCCACAGGCGUCACCCAGGUGUGGACGUCCUGUGCUCAGAUGGAUCAGUUGUGUAUGCGCCAUUCACUGGGAUGAUAGUGGGCCAGGAGAAACCCUACAGGGACAAAAAUGCCAUCAAUAACGGCGUCCGCCUGUCUGGAAGAGGUUUCUGUGUGAAAAUGUUCUACAUUAAGCCAAUGAAGUACAGAGGCUCUAUUAAGAGGGGGGAGAAACUGGGCACCGUGCUGCCCUUGCAGAGAGUUUACCCUGGCAUCCAGUCGCAUGUGCACAUCGAAAACUGUGACUCCAGUGAUCCCACAGCAUACCUGUAAGCCAAGACAAGAACGUCAUGUUCCACUCGGAACAUGUGAGUCGAAGAAAUGUGUAUCCCAGCAGAAGCACAAUCCACACAAAACCCCCAACUCCGAUUCCAACUUAUCGUCACUUUAACCUUCCUGCCACCCAGAGGACCAGGGUGCUUUAUAUUUUAGAUUUUUAAGUCUUGAUGACGGAAAUAAACAAGUAAAUUCCAACUUG